AUGAUCCCAAGACGUUUUCUGCUUUUUGUAGCUGCAGCAUUUGUCCUACAAUUUCAGAUGUACGCUCAGCUGAGGAUGAUGCUGAUAAUUUUGUCUCUUGCUCAAUUUCAACUAGAGGGGAGAGCUUUUCUGAGAUUGUUCGAGAUUCGAAGGCGAAGACGAAAUUGGCGUGGACAUCCGUACUUUUGGGUUCUCCCUCGACCCGCCGAUUCAUGGUUUGAUAUUCAUUAUAAUGACCCAAGAAUCCCAGACGAAUAUUUCAGGAAACAGCUUCGAAUGAGAAGAGCUACUUUUCGUUUGCUUUUGGAUGUCCUUCGCCCAUACAUCACAAGACAAAACACUCGUUUUAGAAGGUGUAUUGAGCCAGAAAAGGUAUUGGCAAUUGGGCUCACGCGCUUAGCUCAUGGAGGAACAUACGUUUCGAUUGGGCCUGGUUUUAACGUUGGGACAACGACAGUAAUCGAGGCCGUCGAAGACGUCGUUACAGGACUGGUUUCUAUAAAACAUGAUUAUAUCAAAUUCCUGAAACUGAAGCUCAAGUUGUUGAAACGAGGGAAACUUUCAAGAGCUUUCUGA